AAAUAAUACUAAUAAUUACGAUUAUAAACGCUUACCUAUAUAUAAUUCGUAUGAGAUGUAUAUAUACGUAUGUGAGAAAAGUAUUAUCGUUUAUUCAGUCGCCGGUUACGUAGACAUACUAUAUGGACAUCAUUUCGAUCCAUAUCUAUAUAUAGCCAGCUUCUUCGUCCGGUCGGUUCCCUCGCCUAUAUAUUUUCAUUAUACAUAGUUAUACUGUUUAAUACGUAUUUUAUGCAUGUGUCAUUUGCGUAUUCUGUCCGUGUAAAUAAAUACAUAUCAGCCAUAGUAAAUGAGAUAAAUAAAUAAUGAUGGCGACGAAAUUUGUGGUUUGUUUGUUUUUGACAUGUUACGUGAUCGUGAAAAAUGUUGAAUCGGCUAAGCUCCAAGCUCUACCGUUACCAUCGUACAUCGGUAAAGGCUGUCUAAGGGACGAUCCAAACUUAAAUGAAUGCGUCGUGCGCAAAGGAGCUCCGGUAAUCGACCGUUUAGUCAAAGGUGACCCCAAGUACCGGAUACCGAAAUUGGAUCCUUUGGUCAUACCAGAGUUAACGAUAAAACAGGGUACGAAACAAGUGGGUCUGACGAUGACGUGCAAGAACUGCGAACUGCACGGACUAAGGGAGACGAGAUUCGUCAAAGCCAGAGUGGACGAGAAAAAAAGACACGUAGAAUGGGACUUUGAACUCGAUCAAUGUAUGUUUUUGGGACAAUAUUCUGUAGAAGGACAAGUCCUGAUAUUGCCAAUCAAAGGCGACGGAGACGCCAAUAUUACAGUUAACGGGAUAACAUUCACGUAUUUGUACGACUACGAUCUAGUCAAACGAGCGAACGAAAAAGACUAUGUGGAUAUCACCAAGAGUGAAUUGAAGUUCAAUGCAAACGGGAUGAAAUUGAAAUUAGAUAAUCUAUUCAAUGGCGACAAACUUUUGGGAGAUAACAUGAACCUAUUUCUAAACGAGAACUGGCGAGAUUUACUUAAGGAGUUUGGACCCGCUAUCGGUGAUGCCUUUGGAACAAUAAUGAAAAACACGCUGGGAUCGGUGUCCGAUCUAGUGCCGUACGACUUUAUUUUCCCAACUAGUUAAUCUAUAUUUUAAGUCUCUACUCACAUAUUAUUAAUUAUUAAUAUAAGUUUUAACUUACAAAUUUAAUAUGUACAUAUAUAUACCCGAGUUAAAUUGAUGUGUAAUAAUAUUAAUAUGUAAAUUAUAUAAUGUGAACACUUAGGUAUAAUAUAGUAAAUGAUUUUAUAACCAACCUCUAAAUUGCAAAAUACAUUUGCAUAAUAUAUAUAUUAAUUAAUAACCAAAUAUGCUUUAUUGUCUACAUAAAAUUGUAUGAACUCACCACUCACGUGCUAAAGGCUAAGGCAACUGCAGUGGUAGGUAUUAUUUAAAUUUCCCAGAUAAUCGACUUAAUGCUAGUUGGGCAUUAUUUAAUUGCUAUAAAAUUAUAAUAAUUAGAUACCUAACUGGUAUCAAUAUCUACAAGUUCCUCGCAUUAUUAUAUGUUUUUAAUUUUUCUCUUUACAAAUGUAUGUCAAUUAUUAAAUAUAUGGUAUUCUUAGACCUUUUCGAAUAUGAAUAAAUAAUUUAAGUAUAAGUUAAGAUAUGGUUUACAAUUUUCAGUAUCGCAUUAAGUAUAAAAUUUUAAGAAUAGCUAGGUCAUAGGUAUAUAUACUUAACUUAUACAUUAUUAAAUCUUCAUAUAUAUUCAGCGCCAGAUUGGCAAGAUAUCUGCCUACCGAGUUUUCGAAUUUCUAACGUUUGAUUACAGCUGCUACAGCUACUAUAUGGUUUAAAUAAUUCAAAUCAAUUAUAUUUUCUACUAUUUUUUGUACUAAUUUAUCACAAAAAAAAAAAACGACCUAACACUAAAAAACAGGCCCACCGAGUUUACUCGAUAGCUCGCCAGACCAAUUCGGCACUGUACAUAUUUCACUUGAUCGUUAUUUUUAUAAUGCUAACUUAAAACAAUAAUAGUUACUAUUGUCUAAAAUUUAUUUCAACAUAAUAUUAUAUAUGUAAAAAUGUAAUGUUAAUUUUUUUUAUUGCUUAUACCUACACAGCAAAAUAGUCUAAUUAAUAAAUACUUAUAGAAUACAACUAAUACUUAUACAUUAUCUUUAAAAUCCUAUACAUCUAUUAAAUAAUAUAAUGUGUGUUAUAAAUUAAAGAUAGUUAAUAGGUACUUUUAAGUUCUAACUUAUAAGUUAUAAAAAAGUAUUGUUAUAUAUAAUAUUUACUUAUUAUAAAUCUACUACUUUAUUAUUACUUUCGAAAUCAUUGUUAUAAUGUAUGUACUUAGAUAUCUAGUGGCUAGUUUGUAUUAAACUACUUUUUAAGUCCUAACCAUUUUAAAUUUUAAUUAUACCAUUAUAUAAAAA